UUGUUGGUCAAGAAUCUAAGGCAGUUGAUGACUGUGAUGAUCCAGAUUGCAAGGACGAAUUCGUUCCUUUGAGAGGUGAGAAGGUCGAUGCUGCUGUUGGUCAACAAGCUAAGGCAGUUGAUGACUGUGAUGAUCCAAAUGACAAGAUCAUAAGGCCCACGAAUGUGGAGAAUGGGCAAGAAAGGCGUCCAGGCUUUCUUUAUAAACAAGGAGCAAGAAUGUCUACAGGAGGUAAUCCAGGCUUUCGUUAUAAACGCGGAGCAAAAAUGGCUGCAAGUUAUAAAAGGAAGGAGUGGCAAUUAGGGUCCAAAUCUUCUAGGAACAAGAAGGAAGAGAAACCAACGUUGGUUGAUAGCAGCAGCGUGAGACCGACAAGAUUUAAGGUGUGCACAAGUCCAGAGAACAGGUUCGCUACAACUGGCGGAGUGUCUAAUCACCCGAGUUUUGACACGUCCACUGCAAACAAUACCUUAGGUGAGUUGAGAGUACUAUUAUGAUUAUUCUGCAAUAUUAUCAUACUAAUCAUGCCCCAUGUCCUUCGGCGCAGAAAAAGAAAGUUCAGAUGAAGAUGAGGAUUCGGAGGUUACCCCAUCUAGCAGCAACACAUUCAGCGAUGAUACUGAUUUUGACGCUGUAAAAAGCUUUGCAGACUUUAAUAUCAUCCUUGAUGAUUUGGGCAUCGACCACGAAUUACUCCCCGGUCACCUGCGCAGGAAGUACUACCAGCUCUGCUGCGACAGGAAGAUGUUCCUCCAUAGGCAUCUGAUGAAGCCCAUAAGCCCUGUGCUCGCCGCAGGAGUGAUCUCACAGACGGUCGACAUCGCUGAGGGCAUCAGGACCUCCUAUGCCUCUCCCUCUUUCCUCGAGGUCCUUGCGUUUUGGAAGACGACCCUGGAGGCCUUGGAGGGCCUGGGCAUGGACAUUGCCUUCCUCCGCAAGCGCGUCGAUGACCUCCAGGUGGUUGUCCUGGAGCGAGACCGUGACGUGGAGAAGAUCAGAGCCCUCAGGUCGGAGUUGUCAAGCCUGAAUGACGCUCUGAAGGGCCUGAGCAUGGACAUUGCCUUCCUCCGCAAGCCCGUCGAUGACCUCCAGGUGGUUGUCCUGGAGCGAGACCGUGACCUGGAGAAGAUCAGAGCCCUCAGGUCGGAGUUGUCAAGCCUGAAUGACGCUCUGAAGGGGGUGGGCAUGGAGCUGGAUGAGAUUGAGGAGUCGGCCUCGAAGAUUGAGGAGUCGAUCGCGAAGAUGAAGGUGGUCUUGGGUAUGCCGUAGCUGCCGACAGCACCAUGGUGAUCGACUACAUCUUGUGUGCACCAUCAGUAGUGACCAACACCACGCAGCUCAGAUUUACCUUUUCUAGUUUUUUAUCCAGCUAGGUUAAUUGCCACAGCAACGAAUCAGGAUACUGUUUUCUUUUUGUGCACGUCGAUGAGCUUCAUUUCGUGUACAUCAAUGCCGCAACAUGGGAUGAACAAAUAUAGCGUGGUUUCAGGGUUUAUUGUCA